CUCCUCAUCUUCUCACAUUAACGCUAAUAUGUGGAAAAAAAAUAAAAAGCCCUUGAACACCAGUGAAGCACAAAGCUGAAACCUCUGUUUCCAUCAUUCUUUAUUGUCUAAAAACAGUGUGUUUGGAAGAAAGGAGAAAGACAAAAGAAUGAUGGAUGUUGCGGUUUCAUACAGGGGUGGAUUCAACAUCAACGGAAGCGGCUUGACCGGCACUCUCGCUGCCAAUCCUGGAGAGCUGAAGCUUCAAGCUUCCAUUACCGACGCCAACAUCUCUAAUGGCCUCUAUUUUGACUUCGGUGGCCUCUUACUCUCCAUUGAGAAGCCUGGUUCCUUCAUUGUCGACUAUGACGUCCCCAAAAAGGAUGUUCGGUUUCAGUUUAUGAAUUCAUUCAAGUUCAUGGAAAAGCAGAUAAAUUUCACUUAUACUCACACGAGACAAGAAAACAGGACGAUUUUGGAUGGGUCGUUGGUGCUUGAUACUGCUAACAAGUUGUCUGCAAAUUAUGCGCUUGAUACUCGCAAUUGCAAGUUGAAGUACAGUCAUGUUCAUAGGGGGUUGACAACGUUGGAGCCGACCUAUGAUUUUGCCAAGAAUUCGUGGGACUUGGCCGUGUCGCGGAGAGUUCUUGAUGGUGAUGUAAUCAGAGCUUCGUAUGAGACAUCUAGCCAGAUUUUGGGUCUUGAGUGGUCUUGGCAAUCCAUGAUGGAUAAAGGUGGAAGGUACAAG